AUGAACGGGCAAUCCUCACCUGUCUUCGAGGAGAAGAAGCCUCCUCUCCCCGUGGUUGGGAGCUCCAUCUCAGCCACCAAGGAUUCACCAACUCUGCCAGAGUCUUCAUCCACAGACAUGGGCUUUUUCAGCGGCCAGAGUGCGCUCCACGGCCCGCAGGACUUCUACCAGGCGCAGCAGCCAUACUCAGCCCAACACAUGAAUCCUUACGCGUACCACCAUUAUAACCUGAACGGGAUGGGUCCAGGUGGUGCGUACUCUGUUGGCAAGGCAGAGUACCCGUACCCCCAUGCAGCCUACAGGGAGCACGGUACCUUCAGCAGGGAGGUGCAGUCAACGCUGCAAGACGCAGGUAAGUUUUACCGAAUUUAGAUGGAGAUCGCUUUAUGGGUACACACUGGAACUGGGACGAAAAGGGUCCCUGUAGGACUCUUAUUUCAGAUUUAUUGAAUGAUUGAUAAACCGAAGACUGUUUCCGACAGUCUUUGUUCAAGAAGGACCAAAGCCACACUGACCACCUGAGGAUGAUGUGUGGCAAGUGCUCACGUCAAGCCCUUUAAACCUGAUUAUUGCGCACGAGUUUUACGCACGAAGGCAAGCGAGGUUAUUUUUAUUCAUAUACAGUAGAAUCUGACUUUCUUUUUAUCCAGCCUUUAUAUUAGGAUGAUACCCCAUAGCUAUGAAUUUAAGUAUUUUUCAACUUAGCUCUGUGAAAGUAGUUUAAACACAGUGCUGGGGGUAAAAAAGACACAGAUAUGGUAAGAAUAGUAAAGGACAACUCUUAAUGGUUCCUGAAAUUUAUUUAUGUUUUGAAAUAAAGACAUUUUUGCGAAGGAAUUAAAGUAGACAGGGUGAGUAACAGAAAAAAAGGGGAAAAAAGGAAAUAAAUGUUAGAGGAAAGGGUGUUGGAGUUUUCACAGCCUGUUUCUGUUGGCGAGAAAGAUUUAUUUUACUCUGAUAAAGGAUGAAUAGUUUGUUACUUCUCAUCAGGACAGCAGCCUUAAGUUUUCCUCGCCAUGUUCAUUGAAGUCACAGAUUGCAGAAGCCUUUCUAUACAUUAUGCACAACUGCAGCUCAGUUGUCACUCUUUGUUUCACUUUCUCCUACUUCUCAAAGUUUUUUUUUAUGGUAGGGAAACAGGGUUACUGUAAAGGACUUUGGACAGCAGCUAUGGCCUAGUUCUCAACUGUGACUUCUUAACAUUUGAAGAUUCAUUCAUUGACACAAAGCAGGUCCAUGUGCACUUAACAGUGUCUGAUGUGUCUGAUUCUUAGACUUUGUCUCAAAAAGUAAAAGUAUUGGUUAAAAAGUGAUUUUUUUUUUUUUUAAAGGACUUUCAGUUGAGAUAUGAUGAGGUUGCCUUUGAGUCAACACAAAAACCCUGCAGGAGAAUUCAAAGCACAUAAAAGAAAAAACAACAAACAUCUUUUUACUUACUUCUUUAACAAUACACCAGACAUUGUUCAGUAGCAGUUUUAUGUCUAGUUUUAAGCCUUGAAUGUGUGUGUGUGUGUGUGUUAACGACAGAGGGAAAACAAACUCGACGGACUGGUGUUCUGUUUUUGACAUUCCAGUUGGGAGUUGACUCCUGGAAAUGGCCCUGGGGGACUUUGGCCCUCAGCCACUCACAUCAGGUGUCACGGCAUGUCAGUCAGCCUUGGCCUUUGAAUCAUUCAACGAGGACGGCUUCUUAUCAUGCAAGGCUCACAGCCACACCCUUAUAAAUCGAUAGGUCAAUAAUCACAGACGCAUUUAUAAGGAAUAUUAGAUGAUGAAAAAUCUAUUGGUUUUAUAAAUCAAAUUACUUUUGUCUUCCUAACUGUGUGAGCAGUAAGAAUCAAAACAAAAUAAGGAUGCUCAAAUUAUAAUAAAACAACAGCCAAACAAUACAUAAAAACAAAAUCUGACUUUAAUACCACACUAUCUUCUUUUUAAAAAACAUAAAACAGUGUUGUUUUUUUUCUGUCUUUUAUAAACAGUGAUUCUUUCAUCUCAUCGAGUGUGCACAACAUAUAAAAAUGUGUGUUGGAGAAAUUUCUGUCGCAUUUUUAAAAGUAGGCAAAAAAAUGCGGGAGACAGGAAUAACAGCACAAAGAAGGAGGGAUGUAUACAAGCGGCCUUCAGGCUACAUGAAAAGCACCUAUAAAUCUCAGUCCUUCUCCUCAGCUGUGGGAGACUCUCAGACCAAAAUUAUAAGUUCGCUGUGCUGGCGGAAUUUCUUUGAAAUUUCAGGGUUGUAGCAGCAGUGGCCAUUUUCCUGCAGAAGCUUAUCUGCUCAAACUACCCUGUGAACAAAAUGAGAUUAUAUUGUCUAAAACACUUUCCUAAAACUAGAGAAGAGAAAGACUUUGUCUGCAGCACACAAGGUUCCCUCUUGAGCUUAACACUUUUCUCUCCCACAGUGAAAGAGGAACCACUCGUUGAGGUUCGGAUGGUUAAUGGGAAGCCAAAGAAGGUGAGAAAGCCCCGGACUAUCUACUCCAGCUACCAGCUGGCUGUCCUGCAGAGGAGGUUCCAGUCUGCACAGUAUCUGGCCCUUCCUGAACGUGCCGAGCUGGCUGCACAGCUUGGACUCACACAGACACAGGUGAGGCCACACUUCAGUACAGAAGUGAAAAUGCAACACAAUCACAGGCGAAAUAUGUUAGUGACUGCUACAGGUUUUGAAGGAAUGCUUUCUUCCUUACUGUAAAUUGGUUCAACUUUCUAAAAGUCUAUUUGCCCUUUGAGAUUGAAUGAAUAUUGGAGUUUGAGCUGAAGCACAGAGCGCAGUUGGAAAUGAAAAGUCUAAGAGCAUAAAGCUGCUGAUACCAGUCCAGGUGUUCAUAUUUAGGGUGAGGUCUGAGUCAAAGAGUUGGAUAAGUUUAGAGAAUAAAUCACUUCUUGUUGAGGAAGCACUCAGCUAUCAUUUCAAGAAAGCAGAUGAAGCUUGGUUUGAAAUUUGAAAAACAAAAACUAACAUGUUAAAGUGACUUGUGUGGCUGGAAAGAAAGACUUUUUAAAGUUUGGUGCUACAUUUCUAACUAAAAAAAUUCAAAAAAUCCUCACAAAUUCAAAUUCAAAAGAAUAAUAUUCCUUGAGCUAAAAUCACGAAAAUAGCUUGUGUUCAUAUAAAGGUAUAAACUCCCAAAAUGUCCAAAGAUGAGAGGGCUGCUUGAACGUGAGAUAAAAAAAAAUCAAUCUCUGAAGUUACAGGUAAGGAUAUAAAAUAUGGUGAUCAUGAUGUUUCUCAAUGGGAGACUACUAAAGAUAAUAUCUACAGCAAUGACACGGUGGUUUUUCAAACAUAAAUGAAGAGUGGAGUAAAAUACAACAAAAAUAGGCACAUAAAAAAGAGUGUCAGUGAUGCGCGACUGCACCGUGACUGUGGAGUUAGUUUGGAUUAGACAGACACACUCCUCCCUCCUGAUGAUUUACAAGCACAAUAUUUACCUUCACCUUGAGUGGUAAAAGAUAAAACGUGCAGCCGGGGUUGUUUUAUUAGGGCUGCUUUAAUUCUUAGUUCAAUAUUAUGUCGGGGAUCAACGGAGAAGCUUUAAGAAAACAAAGGCAUUAGUACAACUCCAGUUGGCCUGUAACGUGGGAUUUUAAGGCCUCUUGGUUUCAAUGUCGUUGAAGAAAAACAAAGACAGAGUUACAAUGACUCUCAUUAGUUAGUAUUUAGAAACGACAAGUAACAGAACUAUGAAUAUUAUUAGACAAUACUUCUGCUGCUCUUUAGUGUUAAUAGUGUCUCUCUUUAAAGAGGUUGUAUUUUUAUUGAUAACUAUUACAUAUUCAAGAGAGAGUGAGAUAAAAAUGGACACACUUGCAUUUGUGUAAAAUGAACGAUUGCAUUCACAUCCAAUACUAACAUUAUUUUUUUAUCAUUAUUGUUAUUACUCACUCCAAUUAAUUAGAUUAUUGUUAUAUGCUUCACUGGAUUCACUUGCUCAUUUUUAACAAACAAAUUAGCAAGCUGUUUUGUGUUGAGCAGGUAGAGUACAACGGGUUUACCAGAGCCUUUCUAGGGGAAAUAGGUGCUUGAAAAGAGUUUAGUAGGAAAUUAACAAACAGAGAGACAGCAAAGGCUGAAUAUGAGGCUGAAAAUAUCCACGUGGGGGAACAAGUUCAACAGACCUAGUUGGGAAACUACUUGGGGAUUUUGGAGUACAACUGGUGGCUAACCUGCAGUGCUGUGGGCUGGAAUGGACAGUUGUUGAGUAUAUUAAACAUUUUGAUGCUAACAUAAACAGCAAAUAGUUUUCAGUCUUUCUAAUGAAAAACAAUAAAUUAUCGUUGAGAAUUAAACCUGAAACCUCUGAAAGCAAUUGAACUGAGACUUCUCUCUCUGCAGGUUAAAGCUCCUAUGUGGAGUUUUUUUAUGUGAACAAAAUAGAUGGAAAUUCAUGUUGAUGUUGAAAGAGACUGAAAUUCUAUUUAAUUUAAUUUAAAUUUGUAUGUUGUAAUUUUUAAUGUCUUAAACUGGUUUAAAGGGGUAGGUGACAGCCGAGAAGAUAAAGAAACAGCCUUGUUUUUACAACCCCCCCGUCAAAUAUUCACAAUACAUGAUACAUUUGACAAUCAAAAAUCAGCAGGAUGAAGUUUUUUUUUUUUUUUGCAAGAACACAAACAUUAAAUAUGUGGAGGAAAAGAUACACAAAGAGAGUUUUGUCCACAAAAUUUACACCAACUGAAACUUUCUCGCAGGAGCUAUAAGUGUAGGGGUGACAACUUCACAGGGACUGAAUCAAACCAGGUGACAUGACAUUAAGCCUGUCCACGGACUCACAGAGAGGUUUAUGUGACUAUGUAUAUUGGUGAGCAAAUAACACGGGGGGGAUUUGAGUGUGUCCCCACCUGCUCUGGAGGAUAACCGAAGAAAGAUUUGAGUUACACCUGCUACUGUCCUCCUGCUGUGUUGUAGGAAAAAAAGUAACUAGGGCAAAAGAUUACUGUCUUUUAUUUAACGAUGCUUAUGGAUAGUCAUUUUCUAACCGUAUCAAUGCUGUGAUUCCAAGGCUACAGUUCAGGACAGUGGGCAGAGCUGGAAACAGAGAAGAGAGUAGAGAUGUACACAUGUAGUCCUCUACAUAAUUAAAUGUCUUCAUCCUCACCAGAAGUACUUGUCAGUUUAACUAACAUUUCAUGAUUUUUCUAUCACUGGCACGAAAUGUUGAUCACAUGUUGGGUUGAAGCUGUGGUUCAGCCAUUUGCCACAAUCCUGGACUGUAGCAUUUGACUUGUGCUCUACUACCCUGAUGUAAAUAAGGACAUUUUGUACCAUGCGCUUGAAAAUGGAGAUACAGUUGUAUAUGGGCUUUGUCUGCUUAAACUGGCCCCUAACCACCCAUCAGAUGAGCCUCUUAAGGGUAUUUAAAAUGUAAUCUGCAGUGGUCUUAAAGUUCUAUGCUAAGUAAGUUAACACAGAAUUUUUUAGUGUUUUCUUGUCAGCAGCGUAUGAGCAAUCUCAAACAUAAACAAGUCUACUGGCAGCAGAGCCGCCAUUUUAGACUGAACUAUAUUAUUAGACAGCCAUGAAGACAAAACCCCACAAUGCAGCCCGUCAAUGAGUGAGCUAUGGCUCAUUGGGCGCCGACCAUUGUUCCAUCUGUGUUAACCAUGACAUUAUGAUGUUGUCAAACUGUGUAUGAUUUCCAAAAGUUGAGCAUAGACUGUGACAGUCUUAUCUGACAGUAUUAGAAAAGGACAAUAAAAUAUAUCAUUCAAAUAAAUAUGGGAAUGUCAAACUGGUGCACUACUCUGACUGUCAGCUCCUUGAGCUUCAGGAUCAAGGAAACUGAUCUGCUUGGUCACUAAAUAGUCCUCUAUUUUGCAAAGUGCUGACCAACCUGAGAGUUCUUCCUGGUCUACAGCAUGUCCCUUUUUGGUUGAAAUCAUCUUUCAUAACUUGCACGUCUCAUUUACAGCAAUGGCAAGCAGGUGUUUUCAGCGAAAAAGCUCAUAAUGGUGGAGACCAAACCAGAGUUUAAAACAUAGUAAAUACUGGAUGGUCAUUGGAUGAUAUUAAAUUUCUUUAUUUUUUAAGUGGUCUAAAUAUUCGAUGCUCUUCCUUUUAGGUCAAAAUCUGGUUUCAAAACCGUCGUUCCAAGUUCAAGAAGCUCUACAAAAACGGAGAGUUCCCUCUUGGAGAUAUUCCUCUUGAACACAGUCCGGAUGCCAGCGACUCCAUGGCCUGCAACUCGCCUCCAUCCCCAGCUGUGUGGGAAGGAAACAACAACAGUAACAACAACAACAACAAUGGCAGCAGCGACAGUAACAACACAAACAGUAGCAGCAACACCAAUAACGCAGUGAUGGAUCCUACCAGCAGGGGUCAGGGUCACUUUCACCCCCCUGUUGAAUCCUCGCCCGCUUGCAUGGGAGACUACACACACCAGAACUGGUACCAGCAACAAGGUGCACAUUUAGGCCUACAACAGUCAGGACCGGCGCACUACGCGCCAUCAGGCGCAGCGUCAAGCGCACAAAGUCUCGGCGCUGUCCACUGA